GGAGGAGAGAAGAUGAUGAAGUUAACAAUGGUGGAAUAGCGAUUCUUCGACGACGAUGAUGGCGAGGUUUGUUUCUGUGUCGUCUUGUCAGUUUCAUUUCGGCUUCCGUGAGGUUUCUCCUCCGUCGGUAACUUCUUAUCCUAGACGAUUCGAGGUCUCUGAUCGGAGAUUUCCUGCGAUUCCGAUUAAAUGUUCUUCAUCUGAGCCGGAAAACGGUGAGGAUUCGGCACCGUCGCUGUCUUCCUCCUCCUCAUCGUCUACAAGUGAAGUAUCUACUAGUAACAGUUCGACAUACAACUGGUACACCGGAAUCGGCGGUAUUGGGAUGUUAGACACUGCGUAUUUGACUUACCUCAAGGUCACUGGCUCCGAUGCGUUUUGCCCUAUUGGUGGUGGCACUUGCGGUGAUGUCCUCAACAGCGAUUAUGCCGUCGUUUUCGGUGUUCCUCUUCCAGUGAUUGGAUUUGUUAUGUAUGGCGUAGUAACCGCUCUAAGUGCAGAGCUUGGGGAAGGGAAUCUACCUUUUGGAAUCAGUAAGAGCAAUGGGCGUUUCGCGUUAUUUGGGAUCACGACUGCAAUGGCAUCUGCUAGUGCAUAUUUCCUGUAUAUCCUUAGCACAAAACUCUCAGGAUCAUCAUGCCUGUAUUGUCUGGUGUCUGCUUUCUUAUCAUUUAGUCUAUUUUUCCUCUCUGUAAAGGAUGUGAAGUUGCAAGAAAUACAGCAAGUUGUAGGAUUGCAGAUAUGCUUAGCAAUCAUAGUAGUUGCCUCCUUGACUGCUUCUUACAGUACUGCUCAACCAAUCCCUUCACGCUCUGGUGACAUUGAACUGCCAUAUUUUAGAACAGAGAUCAGUUCAUCAUCGAGCCCUUAUGCUAUUGCUUUAGCAAAACAUCUAAACUCCAUUGGAGCUAAAAUGUAUGGGGCAUUCUGGUGUUCUCACUGCUUAGAGCAAAAAGAGAUGUUUGGAAGAGAAGCGGCAAAAGAACUGAACUACGUGGAAUGUUUUCCGGAUGGAUAUAAGAAAGGAACUAAGAUACUCAAGGCAUGUGCAGAUGCUGCGAUCGAAGGAUUCCCAACAUGGAUAAUAAAUGAUAAGGUGAGUAAAUCCUCUGAACCCCUUGUACAUUUCAUCACAUGUCAGUACCUAUUUCACCUCUUUUAUAAAUUAGGUCUUAAGCGGAGAAAUAGAACUCGCUGAACUAGCGGAGAUGACUGGAUUCAGCCUUGAUCAGGCAAAUGAGACCAAUCAACUUCAGUAAAUUUUGUAUUGGUGCAGAAAAUAUUAAGGUGAAUCCGUAAAUGUUGUUUACUUGAUCCUCCUGAUAGCUAUAGGGUGUUCUAUACAAAUUCAAGUAAUGAAAGUGCUUAUUGUUGCCAUAGGAGGUUACAACUUCAUCUGUAUCACUUAGCCUACACCAGAGCAUCACUAUUUUAUAAUUGAAAGAUUCAUAGGUUCUUCCAAAGAAUGUUAGGGUACUAUUAAUUCGAGAAUCUACAGCCAUCUAGUACUGGCUUUAUGUAAGUAUAAUGUCUAAAAGUAUGGUCUAUAUAAGAGAGUCACACAUGUAUUUUGUAUAUAUAUGCGUGUAGAGUAGUAGCAGAUAUAUGAUGUAUGGGAAACUUAGAGAAUUACGUUUACAAUAUUUGGUGCCCUAUUGAAUACCUUCCUUGAAUGUGCCUCCUCGGUAUUUUUCUAUUGUAAUGAUCCAUCCACAAGUUUCGCUGUUAUUAUCCGUUUAAUAUGCAGAAGAUAAUGUUUUUCCUUAUAUUUUUUAAAAGAUUCCAUUGGGCAUUGGAUAGAUAUGAACAUAGAGAUCUUUAUAAUCUUUAAUAAUUUGUAAGCUCAGAUUAGUUUAACUCAACAUCGGAUGGGAUGAUCCAAAAUAACGCCCAUCUUAUCCAAUAAUCUACAUGAAUCAUGUGAUGAGACGUAACGCUUAAGGCGGGGGGCGGGAAAAGAG